AUGUUGGGCCGAUGUUUCACUCCACACACCAACUCAGAGCCAAAGCUCAGGACGACCGAGCUCUGCAACAAUCCGGAAAGGACCCUGCCACCGCUUCUCUCCAUCGUCAUUCUCACCAUCAUAUGCGCAGAGUGUGCCAUUGCAAUCAUUGCAAACGGGGUCAUUGUGGCCGUAAUUGCCGCUGAGUGGAUUCAGAACAAGGCAGUUCCCGUGAGUGGCAGGAUCCUGCUCUUCGUGAGCACGUCCCGAAUAGCGCUGCAAAGCUUCAUCAUGCAAAUCACUCUCCGCCCCACCUUUCCACGCUUUUAUUACAAAGAUGUGGUAUACAAUACACUCAAAGUCAGCUUCAUGUUCUUAAAUUAUUGCAGCCUCUGGUUUGCUGCCUGGUUCAGUUUCUUCUACUUUGUGAGGGUCUCGGACUUCUCCUACCCGCUUUUUCUCAAGCUGAAGUGGAGGAUUUCUGGAUGGAUGCCCUGGCUCCUGUGGCGAUCGGUGUUCACUUCCUUGGGGUACAGUGUGCUCUUCUCCAAAGAUGUCUACACUGUGUAUUGUGACAACUCUUCUCCUGUCCCCUCUUCCAAUUCCACGGUGAAGAAGUACUUGCCUAAGAUCAGCGUGGUCAAUUUGGUCCUUCUCUACAACCUGGGCAUCUCCCUUCUUCUCACCGUGUUCAUCUUGGCUGCUACCCUGCUCGUCGUCUCCCUCCAGAGGCACACCCUGCGCAUGGAAAGCAGCGCCAUGGGCUCCAGGGACCCCAGCAUGCAGGCCCACGUGGGGGCUAUCAAAGCCAUCAGCCACUUCUUCGUUCUCUAUGUCAAUGCACUUGCUCUGGUUCUCUAUAUGUCCAACGUCUUUGAGACCAGCAGUCCCUGGAAUAUUUUGUGCAAAACCAUCAUGAUGGUCUACCCUGCUGGCCAUUCCAUACUGCUGAUCGUGGACAACCCCAGACUGAGAAGAGCUUGGAAGCGGUUUCGACACUGGAUUCCUCUGUCCCUCAAAUGGCAGAAUCUGUGA